CCGUUGGUGAGGGGACUGGGCAGUUACAGACAGUUCUGAAACUCUCAAGGCACAGGUCUCUUCCCUGUUUGUGUGUCCCUACCCUGCAGAGGUGGUGCGGCCAGCUGCAAGCCCCACAGUGAAGAACCAUCCACGUUUAAAUCCAGACAAGCGAUCUACUUUGCAAAGUCACAGAGAUGGCCUGUCCCUGGAAGUUUCUGUUCAAACCCCAAUUCUACCAGGAUGCAGUGAUUGAGGAAAAAGACAUCAACAACAACGUGGGGAAAGCUCCCUAUGGUAUCUUCAGUCCAGCGACACAGGAUGACCCCAAGAGUCAGAACCUUGGCAAGCCCCAGAAUGAGACCCUCCAGUCCCUCACAGGAACGGGAAAGAAGUCUCCAGAAUCCCCAGUCAAGCAGAAUGCGCUUCCAGUGGCCUGCCCACAGCAUGUGAGGAUCAAAAACUGGGGCAACGGGAUGACUUUCCAAGAUACACUUCACCACAAGGCCAAAGGGACCUUCACUUGCAAGGCCAAAUCUUGCCUGGCGUCCAUCAUGUUUUCCAAGAACUUGACCAGAGGACCCAGGGACAAGCCUACCCCUCCAGACGAGCUUCUACCUCAAGCCAUCGAAUUUGUCAACCAGUAUUACAGCUCCUUCAAAGAGGCAAAAAUAGAGGAACAUCUGGCCAGGGUGGAAGCGGUAACAAAGGAGAUAGAAACAACAGGAACCUACCAGCUGACGGGAGAUGAGCUCAUCUUUGCCACCAAGCAGGCCUGGCGCAACGCCCCCCGCUGCAUCGGGAGGAUCCAGUGGUCCAACCUCCAGGUCUUCGACGCCCGCAACUGUUCCACCGCCCGGGAAAUGUUUGAACACAUCUGCAGACACCUGCGUUAUGCCACCAACAACGGCAACAUCAGGUCGGCCAUCACCGUGUUCCCCCAGCGGAGUGAUGGGAAGCACGACUUCCGGGUCUGGAAUGCUCAGCUCAUCCGGUACGCCGGCUACCAGAUGCCCGAUGGCACCAUCCGAGGGGACCCUGCCAACGUGGAGUUUACCCAGCUGUGCAUCGACUUGGGCUGGAAGCCCAAGUAUGGCCGCUUCGAUGUGGUGCCCCUGGUCCUGCAGGCUGACGGCUGUGACCCGGAGGUCUUUGAAAUCCCACCCGACCUUGUGCUCGAGGUGGCCAUGGAGCAUCCCAAGUACGAGUGGUUUCGGGAGCUGGACCUGAAGUGGUACACCCUGCCUGCGGUGGCCAACAUGCUGCUCGAGGUGGGUGGCCUCGAGUUCCCGGGGUGCCCCUUCAAUGGCUGGUACAUGGGCACAGAGAUCGGAGUCCGGGACUUCUGUGAUGUCCAGCGCUACAACAUCCUGGAGGAAGUGGGCAGGAGAAUGGGCCUGGAGACGCACAAGUUGGCCUCCCUCUGGAAGGACCAGGCUGUCGUGGAAAUCAACAUCGCCGUGCUCUAUAGUUUUCAGAAGCAAAACGUGACCAUCAUGGACCACCACUCGGCCGCAGAGUCCUUCAUGAAGUACAUGCAGAAUGAAUACCGGUCACGCGGGGGCUGCCCAGCCGACUGGAUUUGGCUGGUCCCUCCCAUUUCUGGAAGCAUCACCCCCGUGUUUCACCAGGAGAUGCUGAACUAUGUCCUGUCCCCAUUCUACUACUACCAGGUGGAGGCCUGGAAAACCCACGUCUGGCAGGAUGAGAAGCGGAGGCCCAGGAGAAGAGAGAUUAAAUUCAAAGUUUUGGUUAAAUCUGUACUCUUUGCCUGCAUGCUGAUGCACAAGGCCAUGGUGUCCCGAGUGAGAGCCACGAUCCUCUUUGCGACAGAGACGGGAAAAUCCGAAGCGCUGGCCAGGGACCUGGGGGCCUUGUUCAGCUGUGCCUUCAACCCCAAGGUCCUCUGCAUGGACGAGUACAAGCUGAACAGCUUGGAGGAGGAGCAGCUGCUGCUGGUGGUGACCAGCACUUUCGGGAACGGAGACUGCCCUGGCAACGGAGAGAAACUGAAGAAAUCCCUCUUCAUGCUAAAAGAGCUCACUAAUAAAUUCAGGUACGCCGUGUUUGGCCUCGGAUCCAGCAUGUACCCUCAGUUCUGCGCCUUUGCUCAUGACAUCGACCAGAAGCUGUCCCACCUGGGAGCCUCUCAGCUCACCCCAAUAGGGGAAGGGGAUGAGCUCAGUGGACAGGAGGACUCCUUCCGCACCUGGGCUGUGCUAACCUUCAAGGCAGCCUGUGAGGUGUUUGACGUCCCAGGAAAGCAGCACAUUCAGAUUCCCAAGCGCUACACCUCCAAUGUGACGUGGAACCCACACCACUACAGGCUCGUGCAGGACUCACAGCCUCUGGACCUCAACAAAGCCCUCAGCAGCAUGCAUGCCAAGAAUGUGUUCACCAUGAGGCUCAAAUCUCUGUGCAACCUGCAGAGUCCGAAAUCCAGCCGUGCUACCCUCCUGGUGGAACUCUCCUGUGAGGACAGCCGAGGCCUGAACUACCUGCCCGGGGAGCACCUUGGUGUUUUCCCAGGCAACCAGCUGACCCUGGUCCACGGCAUCUUGGAACGAGUGGUGGAUGGCCCUGCGCCCCACCAGACCGUGCACCUGGAGGCCCUGGAUGAGAGCGGCAGCUACUGGGUCCAUGACAAGAGGCUACCCGCCUGCUCCCUCAGCCAGGCCCUCACCUACUUUCUGGACAUCACCACCCCCCCAACCCCGCUGUUGCUUCAGAAGCUGGCCAAGCUGGCCACAGAAGAGACUGAGAGGCAGAGGCUGGAAACCCUGUGCCAGCCCUCAGAGUACAGUGCAUGGAAGCUCGCCAACAGCCCCACGUUCCUGGAGGUUUUGGAGGAGUUCCCGUCUUUGCGGGUGUCUGCGGGUUUCCUGCUCUCCCAGCUCCCCAUCCUGAAGCCCCGGUACUACUCCAUCAGCUCUUCCCGGGACCGCACCCCCACGGAGGUCCACCUCACCGUGGCCGUGGUCACCUACCGCACCCAAGAUGGCCAGGGUCCCCUGCACCACGGCGUCUGCAGCACAUGGCUCAGCAGCCUGAAGCCCCAGGACCCAGUGCCCUGCUUUGUGCGAAGCGCAAGCGGCUUCCAGCUCCCCGAGGACCCUUCCCAUCCUUGCAUCCUCAUCGGGCCUGGCACGGGUAUCGCCCCCUUCCGCAGUUUCUGGCAGCAGCGGCUCCAUGACUCCAAGCACAAGGGGCUCCGGGGUGGCCGCAUGACCCUGGUGUUCGGGUGUCGCCGCCCAGACGAGGACCACCUCUAUCAGGAGGAGAUGCGAGAGAUGGCCCGCGAGGGGGUGCUGAGUGAGGUGCACACAGCCUACUCCCGCCAGCCUGGCCAGCCCAAGGUCUAUGUUCAGGAUGUCCUGCGGCAGAAGCUGGCUGGCGAGGUGUUCCGCGUCCUCCUGGAGGAACCGGGCCACCUCUACGUCUGUGGGGACGUGCGCAUGGCCCGCGACGUGGCCCACACCCUGAAGCAGCUGGUGGCCACCAGGCUGAGCCUGAGCGAGGAGCAGGUUGAGGACUAUUUCUUCCACCUCAAGAGCCAGAAGCGCUAUCACGAAGAUAUCUUUGGUGCUGUAUUUCUUCAUGGGAUGAAAAAGGACAGGGCCGCGGGGCAGCCCAGCAACCUAGAGAAGAGAGUGCUCUGAUGGCCACAGAAGUGACAGCUGUCGGCACAGAACCUGG